CAGUACGUUACGUCAUCACGUUUUGUAACUUCCUGUGUUCGCUGAUUCUAUCCUUGUGGUCAGUCCCGACAUUUAGGUUCAAACUCCUAAUGGCGGCAACCUUUCGUUUACUGUACUCCGUGUCGAGGCCAGGCACUGUGGUGGCCAGACAUAGUACAGCGAGGUCCUUCAGUGUGUCGCUACAGAGGAGUGGAUUCAAGUAUGUGAACGCCCAGGAGAUCCCUACAGACAUGAAGUCCAUCACAGACCGAGCUGCACAGACCCUGUUGUGGACCGAGCUCUUCAGAGGUCUGGGCAUGACCAUGAGCUACCUGUUUAGAGAGCCGGCUACCAUCAACUACCCGUUUGAGAAGGGACCGCUGUCGCCACGCUUCAGAGGAGAGCAUGCUCUGCGCAGAUACCCUUCAGGAGAGGAGCGCUGCAUCGCCUGCAAACUGUGUGAAGCCAUCUGUCCAGCCCAGGCAAUCACCAUCGAAGCAGAGCCCCGUGCUGAUGGAGGCAGGAGGACGACUCGAUACGACAUCGACAUGACCAAAUGCAUCUACUGUGGUUUCUGUCAGGAGGCGUGUCCUGUGGACGCGAUUGUAGAGGGUCCCAACUUUGAGUUUUCCACCGAAACCCACGAAGAACUGCUCUACAACAAGGAGAAGCUGCUAAACAACGGAGACAAGUGGGAAGCUGAGAUAGCUGCCAAUAUACAAGCUGAUUACCUCUAUCGAUAGACACCACACACACACACACACACACACACACAUUACUAUUCAGAAGUUUAGACUAAUUAAAAUGAAUGUGUCUAAACUUUAGAAAGGUAAUGUACACACAAAUACACCACCUUUGCCUCUGUGACACACACAGACGUGUUGAUUCUGUACAUACUUAAAAA